CAAAAAUACAAACAUUCUCAAUCAACUGCAAUAUCGGCUUACUUACACGAGGCAACACAACAUUGUAAAGAGUCAUCGCAUGCCGAUUGAAUAGAUCAAGGUAAGAUGCAUAGAGGUCCACAAUUGACUCAACUCGACGUGUUUAAUAGUCGAAUUUCACAGUUUUUACUGACAUCAUUUCACAUUUCGUCAUCUUUUAGAGGUCAGACACUAUGAAGCUUCAGGAAUUGUUGCUUCUCCUUCUCGCUCCGUUGUUUGGACCGAUUUAUACUCCAAAAUUGACUGCAGCAACUGAUGAUGUCGAUCAAUCAAUUUAUUCUUUGAGAGGAAGUGCAAUGAAAGGAACUGAGGGAGUUCUUUCCUCAUCUCGUCUCAUGGACAGCGAACGAAAACUACAGUUCAUCUUUCCCAGGCCUACAGUUCCCGUCCCUACACCUGCUCCAACUGUCUCGGCUGUCGAAGUGCCGACAGAAGAUGAGCCGAAWUUAACUAUGUCUCCACUUUUCUUAGCUUGGCAAAUUUCGCCAACGUUGGUCCCUGAAAUCCCGCCAACAGAUACCCCGACGGUGCCUCCCGUGCCCUUCCCGCCAACAGAUACACCGACGGUGCCUCCCGUACCCUUCAUUAUGCCUCGUCCUGAACAACGUCCCAUAGUUCCAACCAACCUCGAAAAUUCUCAAAGCUCUCCUCCUCRCCCUACAGUUGAUGACAGCAAUGAUGAAAAUUCUCCCAGCACUCUUCCUCGCCCUACAAUUGAUGACCUUCUUCCUCCUUCCCCCACUCCUCCGCCAAAUCCUCCUGUUGCCCCAACCCCUCCAAUUCGAAAACAAACUGUCGAUGUGAACGGCAAUGCGUGUGGAAUGCAAACUCCCGGUACUCUGAUUCUGCACGGUGGCGUUUUCAAUUACGAAGAUCCUCUAUCUGAUUCCUUGGGACAGGCGAURGUAAGGGAGAUGAAGACUARUCGUGAAAAUCGUUUGGUGGAUCCCCUGGUCUUUCUUCCAGGUGCCCGUAGGGAAGUAACCGACAUUGACGAACAGACCUUCGAGGAUCAAUGGAGAAAUAUUAUGGCCGAUGGCGUCCCAUUUUCGGUACUCCACCCAAGGGAUCGAGAUCMAGCGUUCACGGACGUUAGUGAUGCUGAGCAAGCAGAUCAAGAAGAUUUCGUUCGACCACUCAAAGAUGCAAUGGGUGUCUUUUUACCAGGUGGGAGACAAUGGCGUCUGAUCGAUGCCUACAAGUACACCGAAACAGAAGAGGAAAUGUGGAAUGUCUUGAAACGCGGUGGUGUUAUCGCUGGAACUUCUGCAGGUGCGGCCGUCAUGGCAUCGUUGAUGCCCCGUGGUGAUCCCGAAGGAUCCGCAGCGUUUCUGGCAGAAAGAGAGUGGCACCAACACGGAUUUGGCUUUGUCAGCAACCUCGCAGUCGACAACCAUGUAUCUGCACGAGGAAGAGAAUUCGCCAUGUACGAAGCCAUGAAUUCUCAGAAAGAAAAUCGAAAAACUUUGGGUAUUGGUUUGAACGAAAACACCAUGGUAGUCGUGAAGGGUCAGCACUUCAAUGUGCUGGGUGAUCGUGGUGAUGAUUCGGUCGUCCGGGUAUAUGAUUGUUCUAAAGUUGACUAUUUCGAUGACUGUACCUUUGAUAAUGCACCGUACACAGAACUUCGACCCGGGGAUUGGUAUGAUUUGUGCAGAAGAAAGCAGUUGUUUAUACCUCCGAGCUCUAAUUUUAAUGAUAUGRACGAGGAUGGUGGACUUGGAUCAAGAUUUGGGGCUUACGAACUCCCAUAUAGAUACGCAAAUGACUUCAAAGCAGGAAAUCCACGACAAUUUUUGUGUUCAGGGCGUCGCUGUAGAUUCAAGUCUAAUCCAAUURUCGUUGACAGCUCUCAAGGUWUUGUUCGGAUCACUGGAAGAGUUUUUUCGGAAGGCUCCGAAUUGAGCGACGGAGAUCGACUGCAGAUUCGUUACAGAAUCAACGGUGACAGGUUCCAAAAACUUGUAUUCGACACGAAUUUUGAACCAGAAGGGCACAACCCCAAAACUGUUUUCGCUGCUAUUCCGGUUCCAUAUGGUAGAAGUAUCUUAAAUCUCGAAAUUGACGCUCAAACUGCCGCGGAAGGAGCUGCCCAGUUUCGAGUUGUGGAUUUGGGUAUCGAGUGAAUCUUGUCAACUUUCAAGGUCACGUUCAAUCAUUAAUUUUUCAAUGCAUUACCUUUACGAYAAUGUAGAAUACUUUGUUUCAAAUCAGAUACUUGUCACUUAAAAUCAAGGGGUUAUACUACC